AUGAAGUUUAGCGCAUCUCUCCGCCUCGAGGCAGUGCCUCAUCUGAUAGGAAUAACUGCAGCCCUCCAAAGGCUGACCAAGGGAGGCCCCCCUGGGAGUUGUUGCCUGAAGCUGACGCCAAGAAAGCUGUUUCUCAACACGAGGCAACCGCUCUGCGAGCUUUACGCCGAACUUAAUAUGGCAGAUGUCUUUAGCCUGGGCUGGAUCCUGGAAAGCAAGCGCAGUGGUGCAGUGGCCCUCCAGAUCGACCCCAAGCAGCUGCAUGCAACCCUCAAGUUGGCACAGACAUGUCGUCGCAUUUCUGUUAAGCUGGCAAAACGGAAUGGUCAAGGGGCCUUAGUCUUCGAGUUCACUGACUUGCAACUGGCAAAUGUGUGGAUCACACAAGACUGCCCAGUGGUGCCUCUCCAGGGCGCAGCUGUGGACGAAGCUCAAACUCCCGAUAUUCCUCUCUGCAAGUCAAAUGUGGAGCUGCCCAAAGUGAAGACUCUCCUCGCGAUGCUCGAACGCCUCCGAAAACUUGGAAGCGACGAGUUGACUUUAGAAGGGAUGACAAAUCAACAGGAUCCCAGCGCCCUCGACCUAUCGAUCUCGGCAGCCUCCGACUUGGUCACUGCCAAGGCCAUGUACACUCGCUGCAGCCGGCUGGUGCCGGAAGGGCAAGAAGCUCUGGAGGAUAUCUCCUUUGUUCGGUCUGUCUUGACGAAGCACCUCAUCGCUGGCCUAAAGGCGUUGGUGGACUGCAGCAACAGCAACCAGGGGAAGGAGCCAGAGGGUCUCGUGGCUCUACUUGUGCCAGAGGAUGAGACGGUUCACGGAUGGCUGUCAGUUGUGCUGCAGAAUGAAGGGCUCGAGAGUUUUCGCGUGUUGUUUGUAGUUCCAACAGCAGCGGCAAAGGGUCCUAUCGAGUGA